CAGACUGGACUGGGUGGGUAGGAUUGUUAUUAUUUUGUAAAACUAAAUAAUCCAAUUUUAUAUGUUAUUAACAAGACAACAAUAAAUAAGAGCUACAAAAAUGGAUCCUAAUAAGCCCAAAAAUGCAUCGGAAGGAAUAGUGCCAAUGGGAAUCACAGCGUUAGAUGAGACUGUGCUGACGAACCAGCCGGAGUCCCGGUAUGAGUGCCCCGUGUGCCUGAACUGGCUCCGGGAGCCCGUCAUCACCACCUGCGGACAUCGAUUCUGCAAAAGCUGUAUCACUUCUUGGUUGCAAAACAGUGGCCAUUGUCCUAUAGACAACAUCAAUCUUACUAUGAAGGUGGACAUCUUUCCUGAUAACUUCACUCGGAGAGAAAUACAAGAACAAAGGAUGUCUUGUCCUUUUUCAGCAAAAGGUUGCACAGUGAAAGUGCCUCCACUAGACCUGGAUGCACACAUAGCACACUGCGAGUACAAUCAGCCGGAGGUGUCGACUCAGCCGGACCUGGUGAUACCGUGCUCGUUCAAGGAGCUCGGCUGCAAGGAGACGUUCCACAGCCAAGACGAGCUGAAUAAGCAUCUGCAGGACGGACUACAGAGCCAUAUGAGUUAUUUAAUGAACGCCUACUCCGAAGUGCGUAUCAACAACGACAUAUCGAACGCGGGUAUGGACGCCAAAGAGCAGGAGGCCAUGAGUCUGUGGGACGCCCCCGAGAAGGGAGGCGGCGAGACGUCCGCACCGCCGCUUAAUAACACGAAUGCGCUUAUAAGAGCCCUCUACGAGCGAGUAGUGAUACUAGAACAACGCAACCGCGAACAAGACAUAGUUAUAGCGAACAUAUCAAAGCAACUAUCCGCCUUUGGCAUGGCAAAACGCAAGCAAAACCACGAUAUGAUUCUUCGUUACUGCAUGGGCAACUACAUAUGGAGGGUAGAUAACUUCAAGGCAAGAUUGGAUGCGAUGCUGCAAGAUCAUACCAAGAUGUUGUAUAGCCCCGGGUUUUAUACUUCGCCUAAUGGCUACAGAUUCUGCAUCCGACUUAACAUAUCUCCUCAAAACACCAGCUGUUUCGCCCUACACCUCCACCUGAUGCAGACAGAAUAUGAUGACUGCCUCGAAUGGCCGUUCAAUGGGCGAAUCUCAAUCGCCAUGAUCAACCAAUACGACUCGGACUUGACCCAACGAGACACUAUGAUGUCAAACACAAAUCUUAUAGCGUUCAGAAAACCAACAGCUGAGAUUUGCCUUAGAGGAUUUGGGUAUACCGAGUAUGCAUUGGUUAAUGAUGUGGUAAGGAAUGGAUUUGUGAAGAAUGAUACGCUUAUUAUAAGGGUGUUUGUGAAGUGCGUAUGACAUGAGGAGUAGGUUUUUGGUUUUUUAAUAUUAUGUUUGGAUCAUUUUUUGUGUUAUAUAAUAAUUGUAUACUGAUAUAGUUUUUAGAGUCCAUUAUACAUACAAAACAGAUAAGACCGGUGUUGAUAAUAAGUAAGAGUACUUUACUUUUUCUAGAAAUUAGUUCACGCUGAGUCUCAAAGUCAAAAUCUCUGCACGUAGGGUAUGAUAAUUAUGUACUUAUCAUAAAUAGUAUUAGUUAGUAUAAAGGUGCAAUAAAACAUUCCUAUGGACAUUCCAUUGUAUUAUAAAAAUUAAAUAGUAUUGAUACGUAAUUACGACCGUCCAUUUACAAUUUUACAUUGUUCUAUACAUAUAUUUAUAUACCUAAGUUGCACAAAGUUUAAUUAAGUUUUAUUUGAAAUUUGUUAUUUAAUUAGAUUUGGUAUUGUUGUUAUACACAAAACUGUGGUGCUAGAGCAAUCAUAUAUUUUAUACUGUCAUAAAUAAAAUUAUUGGAUAAUCUCAAGUACUCAAUGAAGUAGGUAAUAUUCUGAAUAAAGUGUAAAGAAAAAUCUACGGCUUUUAUUAAGUCGGUCAUAGAAAAAAACAGAAUUGAAUUCAGAAUUAAUUUAUUGGUAUGCCUGCUUAUAAAAUAACAGAUUCCACGUUACAUCUAGAUAUCUUAUCAAAAUAUAGGAAUAUACAAUGAUACAAAAAUAGUGUCGAGAGGUCACACUCAUAAAGUAAUAGUAUUUGCAAACCGUUGCUGUGAUCUUCGACUUCACAAGUAUGUUUUACUUAGGAGAUUUUUCUACGAUUGUUAUUGAUGACAUUGGGGUAACUUUCUGAAUGAUUUUCUCAAUACGUCCAAGUUCCUCUAAAUUCUACGGUUUAUCAAAUUCAAAAAUCUUCCGAAGAAACUUCGUUCGCGAAUUAAUUACUUUAUGCCCAAUUCGAAGGCUUAAUUUAUUUCAUUAUUUUUGAAUUACCAAUAACAAAAUGUUGGCUAAUGUACCAAUGGAAUUUGGUAAGAAGUGUUAAGGAAAUCAAUACGAGGUUAUAGAGGGUGGUGACCCGUAAAUAGUGGAUCAACGGUAAAGAAAAAAAAAUCAGAUUCACCCCCUUUCCGUUGGUACACGAUUUAAUGGACACCCUGUAUAGGUACCUAUGUUCCAUAAUGACUUCUCACUAUAAACCCUUUUGACAAAGGCCAUGAUUAUUCAAUGAUAUCGAUUCUGAAGGCAUAAAAUUA